UUCGCGGCAAAAAAGAGGCAAUGCAAGUGGCGGGAGAUUCUGACAGGCGAGUUAGGGGAUAACAAGGGACCAAGUUGGACAAAGGUCUCUUCACAAAUGGAUCACCGUAAGAGGCAGAAUGGAGGGACGCACAAUGGCGGUUCGGCACAGGCCAAACGGGGGAAACCGGGGGUCGAGUGGGAGGACAGCCCGUCCCUGUUUGAGGAAGAGCUGGCCCAGUUCGACGACCCGGACAUGGAGGCAGAGUCUGGAGAGGGGCAGGCUGGCCACGACGUCAUCCCCAUGGCUGACCUGUUCUCAGCAGAGCUGAACCCCAGAUGGCCGCGUCCGGCCGCUCCUCCCCUCAACCAGUACACCCAGGACCUCGUCUUCCAGCAGAUCGACCUGGACUACUACCUGGGAACGGCAGUGGCAGGUAUGCCUGGUCAGUCCACGGGGAAGGUUCCUGUUAUCCGCAUGUUUGGAGUGACUGAUGCUGGACACAGCGUGUGCUGCCACGUGCACGGGUUCGCCCCAUACUUCUACGUCCCUGCCCCAAACGGUUUUACUCGUGACCACCUGGCUGAGUUCCAAAGGGAGCUGAACUCUGUGGUGCUGAAGGACAUGCGCUCCAACAAGGACAACAUCUCCGUCACCGUGCUCGCCGUCGACAUCACACGCAAAGAGAGUAUGUAUGGCUACCAUGGUAACCGUCCUCAUGACUUCCUGCGUAUCACCAUGGCGAUGCCUCGUCUGAUUGCCCCGGCCAAGCGUCUGCUGGAGCAGGGCUUCAAGUUCGCCAGCUUCCCCACACAGUCCUACUCGCCCUACGAGGCAAACAUCGACUUUGAAAUCAGGUUCAUGGUGGACUGUGACGUAGUGGGCUGCUGCUGGAUUGAGCUUCCAAAAGGGAAGUACCGCGCCAGGCAGGAGAAGGACCCUGGCCAGAUGGACUCCAGAUCCCCAGGGAUGUUCUCUCUGUGUCAGUAUGAGGUAGAUGUAGCAUGGACGGAUAUGAUCAGUCACCCAGCUGAAGGAGACUAUCAGCGCAUCGCUCCACUACGAAUCCUCAGCUUUGAUAUCGAGUGUGCCGGAAGGAAAGGCAUCUUCCCUGAGGCGGAGGUGGACCCUGUGAUCCAGAUCGCCUCCAUGGUGCAGCGGCAGGGGGAGAAGGAGCCCUUCGUACGCACCGUCUUCACCCUGCAGACCUGCGCCAGCAUCGUGGGCUCCCAGAUCCUCUGCUUCCAACAGGAGAAGAUGAUGCUGCAGCGAUGGGCAGAAUUUGUGCGGGCUGUGGACCCUGACAUCAUCACGGGUUACAACAUCCAGAAUUUCGACUUGCCGUACCUGCUGAACAGAGCUGCUACCCUAAAGGUGAACGCGUUCCCCUACCUGGGUCGCAUGAGGGGCAUCCGCUCGGUGCUGAAGGACUCCACCUUCCAGAGCAAGCAGAUGGGCCGCAGGGAGAACAAGACCGUCAACAUGGAGGGCAGGGUGCAGUUUGACCUGCUCCAGGUUCUGCUGAGGGACUACAAGCUGCGCUCCUACACACUCAACGCCGUCUCCUUCCACUUCCUGCAAGAGCAGAAGGAAGAUGUGCAACACUCCAUCAUCACUGACCUACAGAAUGGCAAUGAGCAGACUCGUCGGCGUCUGGCGGUGUACUGCCUGAAGGACGCCUACCUGCCCCUGCGGCUGCUGCAGAAGCUGAUGUGCGUCAUCAACUACAUGGAGAUGGCCAGGGUGACCGGCGUGCCCCUCACCUACCUGCUGUCCAGAGGGCAGCAGAUCAAAGUGGUCUCCCAGCUCCUCAGACAGGCCAUGAAACAGGACCUAGUGAUGCCCGUGCUGCGGAGUGACGGAGGGGAGGACUACACAGGGGCUACUGUCAUCGAGCCUGUAAAAGGGUACUAUAAUAUUCCCAUCGCCACACUGGAUUUCUCCUCUCUAUACCCGUCUAUCAUGAUGGCCCACAACCUCUGUUACACAACACUACUGCCCAAGGGCAACGCUGAAAAACUUGGUCUAUCUGCUGAGGACUUCAUCAAGACUCCGACGGGUGAUCUAUUUGUGAAGCACUCGGUGAGGAAAGGCCUGCUGCCAGAGAUCCUGGAGAACCUGCUCAGCGCCAGGAAGAGGGCGAAGGCUGAGCUGAAGAAGGAGACUGACCCGUUUAAGAAGCAAGUCCUGGACGGCCGGCAGCUGGCUUUGAAGAUCAGUGCCAACUCUGUGUACGGCUUCACGGGCGCCCAGGUGGGCAAGCUGCCAUGCCUGGAGAUCUCACAGAGUGUGACUGGCUUUGGCAGACAGAUGAUUGAACAGACCAAACAGCUGGUCGAGUCCAAGUAUACCGUCGCCAACGGAUACCAAGCUGAUGCCAAGGUAAUCUACGGGGAUACGGACUCUGUGAUGGUGAAGAUGGGAGUGGCUACAGUGAGCGAGGCCAUGGAGGUGGGCAGGGAGGCGGCCGAGUGGGUGUCCUCACACUUCGUCCAACCCAUCAAGCUAGAGUUCGAAAAGGUGUACUACCCGUAUCUGCUGAUCAACAAGAAGCGCUACGCCGGCCUCUACUUCUCCUCCAGCGCUGAGGUGCACGACAAGAUGGACUGCAAGGGUAUCGAGACGGUGCGCAGGGACAACUGCCCCCUGGUGGCCAACCUCAUCAACACAUGCCUGCAGAAGAUCCUCAUUGACAGGGACCCUAAUGGAGCAGUGUCCCACGCUAAAGAGGUCAUCUCAGACCUGCUCUGCAACCGCAUCGACAUCAGCCAGCUGGUCAUCACCAAGGAGCUGACGCGCACCGCACAGGAGUACGCUGGCAAACAGGCACACGUGGAACUCGCAGAGAGGAUGCGUAAGCGUGAUGCCGGCAGUGCUCCUAACCUGGGCGACCGAGUCCCUUAUGUCAUCAUACAAGCUGCCAAAGGAGUCGCCGCCUAUAUGAAGUCUGAGGACCCCAUCUACGUGCUGGAGAACAACAUCCCCAUAGACACCCAGUACUACCUGGAGCAGCAGCUGUCCAAGCCCCUGCUGAGGAUCUUUGAGCCCAUCCUGGGGGAGAGCAAGGCGGAGAGUGUCCUGCUCAAGGGGGAUCAUACGCGCUGUAAGACGGUGUUGACGUCCAAGGUGGGGGGCCUGAUGGCCUUCGCCCAGAAGAGAAGCACCUGCAUCGGCUGCCGAGCUGUGCUCAAGACCGACGCGGCUGUAUGCAAUUUUUGUAAGAAGAGGGAAUCGGAGUUAUAUCAAAAAGAGGUCUCUCACAUGUCAUCUCUGGAGGAGCGCUUCUCCCGGCUGUGGACGCAGUGUCAGCGCUGUCAGGGAUCCCUGCACGAGGACGUGCUCUGCACCAGUCGAGACUGCCCCAUUUUCUACAUGAGGAAGAAGGUGCAGAAGGACCUGGAUGAUCAGCAGAAGCUCGUCUCUCGAUUCGGCUGGUGAAGCUCCACCUGCGUUGAAGCUCUUUUCUCUGGUCUUGCUGUCUAGUCUCUUUAUAAUGUGAAGAAUGAUGGUUUGACUUGUGUAUAAAGUAAUCACUGACUAUGUAUAUGUACACAUAUGACUUUUUUCUAUAGAAUACACUGCAUUUCUUUUGUA